UCUUGGGAUUUUAAAGGAAGAGGUCUUAAUAUGGGAAGCCUUAGGGUGUUGAGGCAUUGGCCUCAACUUAUGUAUGCUUUUGUUUUCUUAGCCACCAUCGUUGUAGCCGAUAAGCCUUACGGUUAUAACUCUCCACGGUCUAAAGGCUGGAAAUUGCCACCGGUGAAACAUACUUUGCCAAAGACGCAUUACGUUUACAAGUCUCCACCACCACCGGUAAAACACACAUGGCCACAUCUACCUUAUCUUCACAAAUCUCCUCCACCAUCUCCAUAUGUCUACAAGUCUCCACCUCCUCCAUCACCAUCCCCACCACCUCCAUACGUUUACAAGUCUCCUCCACCAUCAUCACCUUCCCCGCCACCUCCAUACGUUUACAAGUCUCCUCCACCUCCGUCACCUUCCCCACCACCUCCAUACGUUUACAAGUCUCCACCACCCCCAUCACCUUCCCCACCACCUCCAUAUGUGUACAAGUCUCCACCACCUCCGUCACCUUCCCCGCCACCUCCAUAUGUUUAUAAGUCUCCACCACCCCCGUCACCUUCCCCACCACCUCCAUACGUUUACAAAUCUCCCCCACCUCCUCCAUAUGUGUACAAGUCUCCACCACCCCCGUCACCUUCUCCCCCACCUCCAUAUGUGUACAAAUCUCCACCGCCUCCGUCACCUUCCCCACCACCUCCAUACGUGUACAAGUCACCUCCACCACCAUCACCUUCUCCCCCACCUCCAUAUGUGUACAAGUCUCCACCGCCUCCGUCACCUUCCCCACCACCUCCAUACGUGUACAAGUCACCUCCACCACCAUCCCCUUCCCCACCUCCUCCAUAUGUGUACAAGUCACCUCCACCACCAUCGCCUUCUCCCCCACCUCCAUACGUUUAUAAAUCUCCACCUCCACCAUCACCAUCUCCGCCACCUCCAUAUGUAUACAAGUCUCCUCCCCCACCAUCACCAUCACCACCUCCCCCAUAUGUGUACAAGUCACCUCCACCACCAUCACCUUCCCCACCACCUCCAUACAUUUACAAGUCACCUCCACCGCCGUCACCAUCCCCACCACCUCCAUAUGCGUACAAGUCACCUCCGCCACCAUCACCAUCUCCGCCACCUCCAUAUGUUUACAAGUCACCUCCACCACCAUCUCCUUCUCCCCCACCUCCAUAUGUGUACAAGUCACCUCCGCCGCCAUCACGUUCCCCACCGCCUCCAUAUGUAUACAAGUCUCCACCUCCCCCCUCACCAUCUCCUCCUCCUCCUCCAUAUGUAUACAAGUCUCCUCCCCCACCAUCACCAUCCCCUCCCCCGCCUUAUAUCUACAAGUCUCCUCCCCCACCAUCUCGUGUACCACAACAUCCAUACUACUACCAAUCACCACAUCCACGAUCAAAGUCGUCCCCUCCUCCAGCUUAUUACUAUAAGUCUCCCCCACCACCAAGACAUUAUUAAAAGCACAGACUUAUUCAACAAAGAAGUUUGAGCCAAUUUUCACUUCGCAUGACCAUCUAAAUGUUUCUUUUCAGUCAACUUAUUUGCUUUUAUCAUUCAUUCUUAUUUAGUUGUAUUUGUGAGUUAAUAACAUCUCACCGUAAAAUGAUGUUUUAUGUUUUACUGUUUAUUUGUCUUAUUCUUUCCCUCUUAUCAUAAAAAACAGGUUAUUGCUAAUUCUCA